AUGUAUUUAUAAAUUAUUGGAAUAUUGAAUCUCUUGACUCUAUCAAACUAAUUCGAACCAGUUUGCAACAAGAUAUUGUCUAAAUAAAUACACGACUCCUUGCCUGUGAACUAAUACAUACUAUCAGGCUAAUUGCCAGUUAAGGAAGGCUCGCAUUCAUAUUUGGCCUUCAUAUUCUAUGGUUCGCAAUAUGCUUCAAAUUUAUAAGUAAAUUUAUGUUUCUCAUGAUGAUAGCAAUUAAAUAACUAUAACACAGUUCUUUGGUUCAAUGGCGGUCCUGGAACUUCAUCACAAUUGGGGAAUUAUUUUGGCUUGGGACCAUUAAAUUAUAACGAAAAGGAGAAAUUAGAGAAGAAUUAAUACUCUUGGAACACGAGAUUUAAUAUGCUCUUUGUUGAUUAACCAAUUGGAGUUGGCUAUUCCUACGCUUACACAAAAGAUGAAAUACCUAAUAAUUUAGAUGAAAUUGCAUAACAAUUCAAUUACGCUUUGGCGUCAUUUAUAGAAAAAUGCCAACUCUAAGAAUUAUCAAAGGAAUCAAAGUGGUUUUUUGCUGGGGAAAGUUAUGCUGGAAAAUACAUCCCUGCAAUUGUUUAUGAUCUUUUGAAAUAAUAGGAACCUAUUGUAAACGUUUAAGGAGUUAUUUUAGGUAACCCUUGGACUGAACCAACAGCCAUCAUAAGUGAAAUGAGUUCAUACGCAUUUAACUUAGGCUUAAUUGAUCUUUAAGAGAGAUAAAAAUUAGACAAAAUCCUAUUAAAAACAAUUCACAAUAUCAAAAAUGAGGAGUUCUCAAAAGUAUCAGAUAAUUUAUAAACUUAUUUUACAGAAUUAACAAGAAUGAGUGGAGGAAUGAAUUAUUAGAACAUUCGAAAGUUUGGAUCAUAUGCUAAACAAAAUUAAAAGUUGGAAUCCUAUUUGAAUUCAGAGACAGUCAAGAACUUAUUUAAAUUUCCAUUAGCUGUCACUUUCACUUUGACAUAAAAUGAAUAGGAAAAAUAAGGCGAUGUGUAUUUGGCCUUGAAAGACAAUAUUGGAUAGAGUGAUGCAAUUCAAAAGUUGGAAUUCAUUGUUUCCAAAUUUCCAGUCUUAAUUUAUAAUGGAUAGAAUGAUGCUCUAUGUACCAAUUCAGGAACUCAGAAAUGGAUCAAUAGGAUUCAUUACAAGGAGAGAAGUGAGUUCCUAAAUUAAAAUUUUGAUACCAUACAAUUUAACAAUAGAACCAUCGGGUAUAAAAAAAUGGUUGGCAAUCUUGGCUUCGCUAUUAUAAAUGAUGCUGGUCAUCAGGUUCCACGAGAUAAACCACAAGAACUAUUCACUAUCAUAAACGGAUUCAUUGAUGUAUGAUUGAUUAAUUUAUUAAAUUCUUCUUUACAUUAUUUCUAGAAAUUAAUAGAAAAAUCUAUUUCGAGAAAAAUUCAUAUUUUUGAGUUGAAAACUCUUCUCUUACACAAGUCAUUAAUAUAUAAAAUGGAAACAGAAUUCACUAAUUUAGUUGAAGACGGCGGAGUUAAAAAACGAAUUCUCCAAGAAGGACAAGGAGAAAUGCCUAUUGAUGGAUCAAGAUGCAAAAUUCUAUAUAAAGGAACAUUGGAAGAUGGAACUGUGUUCGACUCUUCAUUGGACAAAGAAAGUCCCUAUAAGUAUAGAAUUGGAAAGGAGGAACUAAUAAAGGGAUUCGAUAUUGCAUUAAAAUCUAUGAAGAUUGGAGAAAAGGCUGAAUUGAAGAUCACGCCAAGUUAUGGUUAUGGGGAUGAAGGAGAUUCAUUUAAAAACGUUCCUAAGAAUGCUAAUCUGACUUAUGAAAUAGAAUUAAUUAAUUUUAAAUAGGCUAAAAAGAAGAAAUGGUAUUUGAAUUUAAUAAUUUUUUAGGGAAAUGACUCCUGAAGAAAAGCAUUAAGAAGCCAUUAAUAAAAGAACCAAAGGAACAGCGGCCUUUAAACAAUAGAAUUACAAGGAAGCUGAGAAGAUUUACAAGAAUGCUCUUUCCUAUUGUACUUUAACCACCGAUGAGGGCAAUGAAUUAAAAGCUAGUUUAUAACUGAAUUUAUCAAUUUGCUGUUAUUAAUUAGAAGAAUACAAGGAAUCGUUAGAUUAUGCUAAGAAAGCUCUUGAACUUAAAACUAAUCAAUAAUAAAAGUUAAAGGGUUUAUAUCGAAAAGCUCUUGCGAACAUUAAGUUAGCUGAACUUGAAGAAGCAUUAGCUGACUUGAGAGAAGCUUUUAAAAUGGAUUCUACUAAUUCUGCUGUAAUUGAGGAAUUAUCACGAGUCAAAUAAUUAUUGAAGGAGGCUAGAAUGAAAGAAAAAGAAAUCUAUUCUAAAUUGUUCCAACAAAAACUUUAUGAUGAAUCUGAAAUUGAACCAAAAAAAAUAGAAAUAAAGGAGGCCAAAUCAGAAGGUUCAAGUUGCUGUGAUCCAAAUGAAAAAAUUGAAGAGGAGACCUAACCUAAACCAGAGAAUAAAGACGGAUAAAUAUAGGAAGAAAAACCUGAAGAAAGAGAAUAACCAAAAGGUGAAAAUCAAGAAAACAAUAAUAAAAUAGUUGAAGAAUCAGCAACAUCUGCUUGA